UGUUGGUUAGUUAGUUGUUCAGGCGCUUUGUAAGAGUCAGCUGUAUUUUCAAACAGCGGGCUGCUUUUUCUCAUUUUCCUCCCUGUAUUCUCAGGCGUUUGGAGCAGCGAUGAUCAAACCAGCUCUUCUAUUAUCCGGAUGCCUGUUUCUGUUGUUCAGUCUGUCUCCGUGUGAAGGACAACCCCAUGUGAAGGUGUCUGCAUGGGCCGGUGAAAAUGUUGUGCUGCCUUGUGAGAUCCCCCCCACAGAGGACAUCUCAGUGGAGUGGUCCAAGAAGGGCCUGAAACCAGACGUGGUCUACCUUUACCGUGACGGCUGUGAGACACAUGAGAUGAAGAACCCGGCCCAUGUCUUCAGGACACACCUGUUCAUGACAGAGAUGAAAAACGGAAACAUCUCCUUGAUGAUCUCCAAUGUGCAGCCCAGUGACACGGGGACCUACCGCUGCCUCAUCGUCUCCACGCAACAAAUCAUUAAAACUGUUCACCUAACUGUGGGGGAAGUGUCUCAGUCUGAUAUCUCAAUCACCAGCGAAAGUGGCAGUGAUGGAGAAACCCUACAGUGUGAGGUUUGCUGGUUGCCAAAGCCUGAGGUCAGUUGGCUGGAUGACCAGGGCAAGGUCAUCGAAGGCAGAGGCUCAACUCUGAGAAACCCUGAUGUCAACCAGUGCUAUACAGUGACGAGCACAGUGAAGGUCCAGAGCUCCGACAGCAGCAGAAAGUUCACCGUCAGAAUUCGUCAACCGCAGAUCAACAACAUCAGGAAGAUCAAUUUCCACUUACCAGCUAAAAGCACAGCGCCCUGCACAGGAUACUUGGCUGGCAUUAUUGUUUCAAGCCUUUUAUCACUUGCAAUUGGAGUUGGAGUUGGAAUUUUUGUCACAAAGAAAAUGACAAAGGAAGCUGAAUGGAGCCAGACACCGACACCAGCAACAAGCAGGAGGUCCUCCAGUGACAGUGCAGCUAGCACAGAGGAUAAGUUGCUGCCAAACAUCCAGCCUGCUGAACCCCUGUCACAGCAGUGCGUUGAAAGCAACAACCAGAUGCAAAAUCAACAGCUGAACAUGCAACAGUCUGUAGUCAUCAUGGCCCCUAAUUCUGUCCCGCACAUCAGUGUUAAUGGCAACACCAGCUCCUCACCACAAAGUCCCACUGACCGCAAUCCACACACUGGGAUGUUCACCAGUGACAGUGACGCUAAGCCAAGCCUGUCACCCCAUAGGAACUGCCCAUCCUUCAGCAAAUAUUCCCAGAGUGAGGGUCCAAAACAUGGAGACCCGGUGCAGGACAGCGGUCCUCCACCUUGCAGCCCAAGCCGUGGCAACAGUCCCGGGCACAUCGGCAGUCCUAAACGCAGCACUCCUGAUCUCUCUAAAGCAGCUGCAAAGUCGACCACUUCACUUUUCAAUAAACCUUUGGCACAGAAAUCCAGUUUCCCUGUUCGCUCCAAUAGUUGCUCUCUCCCUGUGUGUGGUCCUUACACUUCCAUGCAUGGGAAAAAGAGUCCUUCAUUUAGAGCAGACCAAAAUCGCUACAGUGCCCUGGCUAAGUAA